AUGACCAAUGGUUUGCCACCGAUUAGUGGAAUUGAGCAUCAGAUUGACUUCAUCCCUGGGGCUACAAUUCCCAACCGUUCGGCCUAUAGGAGCAGCCCCGAGGAGACUAAGGAAAUUCAAAGACAAGUCGAGGAGUUGCUAGCUAAAGGGCAUGUGAGGGAGAGCAUGAGUCCGUGUAUGGGUACUCAUGCUAUUGGUUAUAUGCUGAGUGCUAAGGGCAUAGAAGUCGAUGAGGAAAAGGUGAAAGCAAUAAAAGAUUUGCCAACACCUAAAUCUGUAACUGAUGAUAAGUGUCCCAUUGCAUAUUUUAGUGAAAAGCUCAAUGGGGUAGCAUUGAGCUACUCCACGUAUGAUAAAGAACUAUAUGCCUUGGUGAGGGCAUUGGAGAUGUGGCAACACUACUUGUGGCCUAAAGAAUUUGUGAUCUACUUUGAUCAUGGAUCAUUAAAGCAUUUGGGGGGGCAAGGAUAA